CACACCUCGUCCUCCCUCUACACCGACAAACCCACAGAGCACGACCAAAAUGCCUCCCCAAACCCAAACCCCGACAAUUCCAGUCCAGAUCCUCGACGGCGGCCUGGGCACCACCCUCCAAGACCACCACGCGACAACCUUCAACUCAACCACCACCCCGCUCUGGUCCUCGCACCUCCUGAUCUCCUCCCCGCCGACCCUGCUCGCCUGCCAGCGCGCCUUCAUCGAAGCCGGCAGCGACGUCCUCCUGACGGCGACCUAUCAAGUCUCCAUCGAAGGGUUCGCGCGCACCAAGACCGCCUCCCACCCGGACGGGAUCCCGCGCGAUGCGAUCGCGCCGUACAUCCGCACCGCGCUGACCGUGGCAGCCGACGCCGUUAGAGGAUUAAACGCCAAGAUCGCGCUGAGCCUGGGCCCGUACGGGGCGUGUAUGAUCCCUGGACAGGAGUAUAGCGGGGCGUAUGAUGCCGAGCAUGAUGACGAGGAGAGUUUGUUUCGGUGGCAUCUGGAGAGGUUGCGGUUGAUUGUGGAGGCGGUGCAGCGCGACGACGGCAAAAGGUUGGGUGACAAGGUGCAGUAUGUGGCGUUUGAGACGGUGCCGCGCUUGGAUGAGGUGCGCGCGGUGCGGCGGGCGGCGAGGGCGGCCGGGUUGGAGGCGAUGGGGAUCCCGUUCUGGGUGGUGUGCGUUUUCCCCGUCGAGGGCCAGGAUGCCUUGCCGGAUGGGAGUGCGGUGGAGGCGGUCGUGGAGGCGGCGUUGAGUGGGCCCGAGCCGAAGCCUUGGGGCAUUGGGAUGAACUGCACCAAGGUGCAUCGGCUGGGCCGGUUGGUGAAGUUGUUCGGGGAGGGGGUGGAGAAGGUGCUUGGGAAGGAGGGGGCGCGGGCGAAGCCUGCCUUGGUGUUGUAUCCCGAUGGCACGCAGGGGGAGGUCUACAACACCACUACCCAGGUGUGGGAGAAGAAGGCCGAAGGACCUGGUGCCGCGGAUUUGCGUCCGUGGGAAGUUCAACUUGCAGAGGUUGUCAAUGACGCUCGUGCUGGCGGCCACUUCAGCUCGAUCCUCGCGGGUGGGUGCUGCAAAGCGUCGCAUCAUGACAUCGCCAAGCUCCGACAACAGUUUCAAUGAUUAUCAACCACAACACAUGUACAAAUAACUCAAAAGUCACUACGCGAAAAUGAUACCAAUUAUAGUGGAGUGAUACUGUGUAUACUAGGAUAGAG